AGUUCUCCCAAAGUGAAAUCAAUGAAAUCUCUCAAGGUUUUGCCAAUAGUGUUCACUGGUCUCCACAACCAACACCAAAAAACCUUUGUGAAUAUUUUGAUUCUGGCUGUGAUCCUGUUAAACUUGUAGAUUAUGAAGAUAACGAAAAACUACACGCGAAUAUUCAAUUUAUAAUAUUUAAUAUGUCUAAGAAGGGAGCCAAGACAGAGGAAGAACUUAAAUUUACCACAAUAUACCCUUUAUUUAAUGCAGUUAUGGACACUUCAUUAGUGAAAGAUAUAUGUUGUUCUAUUCCAUCAAAUAAAGAAAACUGUGCUUUACUUGAAGGUGCCUUUUGCCUCUUGAAAGAAUUGGAGAGGAAGUUGACUGAAACAGAAAAGCUCAUCCAGGAAUUUCAAACCGAAAAUAUACGUGGAAAAUGUAGACAAGUAGCUAUUGAAAAUAGUCCAACCCUCAAUCUUAACAGAACUCCUUAA